GUGCGCGGCCGGCUGCGCGAUGCGGCAGUGCAGAUGUGACUAGUAUGGUCAGUGCUGCAGCGAUGAGUGGCUCUGGGAACCUGAUGGAUUUUCUCGAUGAGCCGUUCCCUGAUGUGGGGACGUACGAGGACUUCCACACCAUUGACUGGUUACGGGAGAAGUCACGGGACACUGACCGACACAGAAAGAUAACCAGCAAAAGCAAGGAGUCCGUGUGGGAGUUCAUCAAGAGUUUGCUGGAUGCCUGGUCAGGAUGGGUUGUGAUGCUGCUUAUUGGCUUGCUGGCAGGUACUUUGGCUGGGGUCAUUGACCUUGCUGUCGACUGGAUGACAGACCUGAAGGAGGGUGUCUGCCUGUCGGCCUUCUGGUACAGCCAUGAACAGUGCUGCUGGACUUCCAACGAGACCACUUUUGAGGACAGGGACAAGUGUCCCCUGUGGCAAAAAUGGUCAGAGCUGCUGGUAAAUCAGUCAGAGGGUGCCAGUGCUUACAUUCUGAAUUACUUAAUGUACAUCCUGUGGGCGUUGCUCUUUGCGUUUCUGGCUGUCUCCCUGGUACGGGUAUUUGCACCCUAUGCCUGUGGCUCUGGUAUACCAGAGAUAAAGACCAUUUUGAGCGGCUUUAUUAUCAGGGGCUACCUGGGCAAGUGGACUCUGCUGAUCAAGACCGUCACUCUGGUGCUGGUUGUGUCGUCCGGCCUGAGCCUUGGCAAGGAAGGGCCCUUGGUGCAUGUGGCCUGUUGUUGUGGCAACUUCUUCAGCAGCCUUUUCUCCAAGUACAGCAAGAAUGAGGGCAAGAGGCGUGAGGUACUUUCAGCUGCUGCUGCUGCAGGAGUCUCUGUGGCCUUUGGCGCCCCAAUUGGAGGUGUGCUUUUCAGCCUGGAGGAGGUCAGUUACUACUUUCCCUUGAAGACCUUGUGGAGGUCGUUUUUCGCAGCCCUGGUGGCAGCCUUCACGCUGCGAUCCAUCAACCCCUUUGGCAACAGCCGCCUUGUUCUCUUCUAUGUGGAGUACCAUACCCCCUGGUACAUGGCUGAACUCUUCCCCUUCAUCUUGCUGGGGGUCUUUGGGGGCUUGUGGGGGACACUCUUCAUCCGUUGUAACAUUGCCUGGUGCCGGAGGCGCAAAACCACCAAGCUGGGGAAGUACCCGGUGCUGGAGGUCAUCGUGGUCACCGCCAUCACUGCCAUCAUUGCCUACCCCAACCCCUACACACGCCAGAGCACCAGUGAGCUCAUCUCCGAGCUGUUCAAUGACUGUGGUGCCCUGGAGUCCUCGCAGCUCUGUGACUACAUCAACGACCCCAACAUGACCAGGCCUGUGGAUGACAUUCCUGACCGGCCUGCCGGGGUUGGGGUAUACACGGCCAUGUGGCAGCUGGCCCUGGCACUUGUCUUCAAAAUUGUCAUUACCAUAUUCACUUUUGGCAUGAAGAUCCCGUCGGGCCUCUUCAUCCCCAGCAUGGCAGUGGGGGCGAUGGCCGGCAGGAUGGUGGGCAUCGGUGUGGAGCAGCUGGCUUACCACCACCACGACUGGAUCAUCUUCCGGAAUUGGUGCCGGCCUGGAGCAGACUGUGUCACCCCGGGGCUUUAUGCAAUGGUGGGAGCUGCCGCCUGCCUAGGUGGAGUCACGAGGAUGACAGUGUCAUUGGUCGUCAUCAUGUUUGAAUUAACGGGUGGCCUCGAGUACAUCGUGCCCUUGAUGGCGGCAGCCGUGACCAGCAAGUGGGUGGCUGAUGCCUUUGGGAAAGAAGGUAUCUACGAGGCCCACAUCCACCUGAAUGGGUACCCAUUUCUGGAUGUCAAGGACGAGUUUACCCACCGUACGCUGGCCACUGAUGUCAUGAGGCCCCGGCGUGGGGAGCCACCACUGUCUGUGCUCACACAGGACAGCAUGACUGUGGAGGACGUGGAGACGCUCAUCAAGGAGACUGACUACAACGGCUUCCCCGUGGUGGUCUCCAGAGACUCCGAACGCCUCAUUGGGUUUGCCCAGAGGCGAGAACUGAUCCUCGCGAUAAAGAACGCCAGACAGAGGCAGGAAGGUAUUGUGAGCAAUUCCAUCAUGUACUUUACCGAGGAGCCCCCUGAGCUGCCGGCCAACAGCCCACACCCCCUGAAGCUGCGGCGCAUCCUGAACCUCAGCCCCUUCACAGUGACGGACCACACCCCCAUGGAGACGGUGGUGGACAUCUUCCGGAAACUGGGGCUCCGGCAGUGCCUGGUGACACGGAGUGGGAGACUUCUUGGCAUCAUCACAAAAAAGGAUGUUCUGAGACAUAUGGCCCAGAUGGCAAACCAAGAUCCUGAAUCCAUCAUGUUUAAUUAGCAACGGUGGCAAUAUUUAGAGAAAAACACAGGGAAGUGUCAUUUUUAAAGAAAUAAACAAAUGAUACAUUAUUAUCCAAAUGGAAGAUUAUGUGCUGGGGCAGCAAUACAAAAGCUUUGGUUGAAAGGAGGGGGAGAAGGAUGAAACUGUUUCUUUUUUCCUUUUUUUAAAAUAUGCAUCAAGGAGUAGGCAUUUUAUAGCUUUAACCCCUUAUGAGUUUCCAGCUGUGUUUCUUAAUGCGUUUACUAACUGCUGUGGGGGCAUGUGGAGUGGGUGGUGUAAACGAUGUGCUUUGUAGAGGACACUGAACACAAUGCCAAUGUAGAAACCUUUUCCCCACCUGCUCAAGGCUGAUAUUUGUAACUUAGGAACACGUGUGAAGCUUUGAGUCCAAAAAGCAGGGGGGUCUUGGCAUGUAAGCAUCCUUAUUUAUUAAUUCCUCAAGAGUUGCUGCUAUGUUACUGAAUGAUACUAAAGACAUUUGCACUUACUUUGUUGGAAAGGAGAAAGAAAUUAAAUUUGAACAUAGUGAAAUCUGCAAGUAU